GUUCACGUGAAUGCUUCUCUGGAGGUCGGGUGAUCACAAAGAUCAUCAAACGUUAUCGAUGCCUAGACUUGCUAUCUCACUCUGAGAAUAUAAAGGUCGCACGAAGACUACGUUUUGAAGGGUGUUCACAUCUACGCAGAAUAUCGACAAUGUCUCCCACACUCGCCUCUGCCCCUGGUAGCUGUUGCUUCACCGGUGUAAAGCACACAGGCACACCCGUCGGCCGCGUCGAGGACCUCGGUGGAAUCCCAACAUACAUCUCCGAUCCUCCUGCUCCUACACAAAAAGUGAUACUCUUCCUAGCAGACGUGUGGAGCCCGCUUUUCAUUAAUAAUAAGUUGAUUCAAGAUUAUUUCGCAUCCUGUGGCUAUAUCGUCCUUGGGCCUGAUUAUUUCUUUGGCGACUCCGUGAUGAACCACGAGAAUGAUCGUGAUCGCCAGCCAUGGAUUGACAAUGCCCGCAAACCUGCUAUCGAUGCAUUCCCUGCUUGGCUAGAUGCCGUGAAAGGGAAAUACGGGAGGGAGAAUACCAAGUAUUGUGCUGUCGGGUACUGCUUCGGCGCCCCAUUCGUCCUGGACUUGUGUUCUGAUGGAUCUGUAGUUGCUGGAGCACUGGCUCACCCCGCAUUCCUCGAUGAAAGCCACUUUGAGAAACUUGACAGACCUCUCCUUCUCUCCUGCGCAGAGGAAGACCACACAUUCCCACUCGCCUCGCGUCGACGUGCAGAAGACAUCAUGGUCGCUCGCAAAUGCGCGUAUCAUUUCCAGGUGUUUUCAGGCGUCAAACAUGGGUUUGCUGUACGAUGCGAUCCCGCUAUUGACACGCAACGCUGGGCGAAGGAGGAGAGCGCUAGGGGGAUCGUGAGUUGGUUUGAUCGGUUUACGGUCUAGGUUCGUUAUGAUGGGCACGUUUGUUGGGAGAAGCAGGAUCGAGUUUUAUGAGGCAUUUGAGAGGGCGUGUAUUCGAGUCGGGACAUGUCGGAAUAAAGUUCACUAGGUCUACUUGACAAGUGUCCUACAACCCUGCCC